UCCGGCGCGGCGCCAUUGUCCUGCGGGCGGCGGCUCGGCGGUCCCUGGGCGGCGGACGUUCGCGCUGCGAGGCUCCCGCUGCCCCGUGCUCGGCCGGCCGGGCCGCGAUGGCCUCCGAGGGGGAAGCCGGCGCGCCGGCGGAGCGGCCACAGGAACCAGUAACCUUCCGCGAUGUGGCUGUGGACUUCACCCAGGAGGAGUGGGGGCAGCUGGGCCCUGCACAGAAGACCCUGUACCGGGAUGUGAUGCUGGAAACAUUUGGGCACCUGCUUUCUGUCGGGCCUGAACUUCCCAAACCUGAAGUUAUAUCGCGGCUGGAACAUGGGGCUGAACUGUGGGUCAUGGAGAGAGGAAUUGCCUGGGCCCAUUAUUCAGACUGGGAGCCUGAACCUGAAAGUAAAAUGACACCCAAGGAGCAGGGCCUUCCUGUGAAAAAGUCACCCCAUAUCCUAGCUACUCCUUGUCCUGUAGUGCUGGAGAAAGAAUGGGAAGGUGAAGACCAUGUAAAGGAGCCCAAGAAGGACCAGAAUGAUUUGAAGCAGUUGGAAUUUAGUUUUGAGGAAACACCAGUUCAAGGUAGAGGCUAUGAAAAUCGCCAACUUGAGGAUCACAAUGUCCCAAAUUCAGAUCUAUUCCUGGAAAUUUCUAGGAGAAAUUAUUUCAGUACUGACAACUCACAGAUUACAAACUUGGAACUUAAUUCAGAUUUGGGCACUGAACCCACAGUCUCCUCAGAAACGCAGCCUUGUGACCCCAUUGACUAUGAAAAACUUUUCCGUCAGGCCAUGCAGGCUACAGGACUUGCCCGAAGUCAGGAGAAACCCUACAAAUGUCCAGACUGUGGGAAGUCAUUUAACCAUAAUGCACACCUCACGGUGCAUAAAAGAAUCCACACCGGAGAGAGACCUUACAUGUGCAAAGAGUGUGGGAAAGCCUUCAGCCAGAACUCCUCCCUGGUUCAGCACGAGCGAAUCCACACCGGAGACAAGCCCUACAAGUGUGCCGAAUGUGGCAAAUCUUUCUGCCAUAGCACACACCUCACUGUCCAUCGGAGAAUUCACACUGGGGAGAAGCCCUAUGAAUGCAAGGACUGCGGGCGGGCCUUCAACCAGAAUUCCUCACUGGGCCGACACAAACGGACGCACACCGGCGAGAAGCCGUACACCUGCAGCGUGUGUGGGAAGGCCUUUUCGAGGACCACCUGCCUGUUCCUCCACCUUCGGACCCACACGGAGGAGAGGCCCUACGAGUGCAACCACUGUGGGAAGGGCUUCCGCCACAGCUCUUCCCUGGCCCAGCACCAGCGGAAGCAUGCUGGGGAGAAGCCCUACGAGUGUCGCCAGCGGCUGUUCUUUGAGCAGGCUUCAGCGCUGAUGAAGCAGGAGUGGGCAGAAGCCCUGGGCUGUGACUCCACUUUGAGUCCCGGAGAGCGGGCAGCCCAUACCGACAGGCCCUUUAAGUGCAAUCAGUGUGGAAAAUGUUUUAUUCAGAGCUCUCAUCUGAUCCGACAUCAGAUAACUCACACCAGGGAGGAGCCCCACGGACGGAACAGGCGCCAGCCCUCACAGAUCGGUAGGCAGGCAUGCUCGGGAGAAACUGCUGGGGUCGGAACAAAGGCGGGACAGCCAGCCGCCAGAGCACUUACCUUGUUUGACAUCCAUGAAAUCAUGCAAGAGAAAAACCCGGUGCAUGUUAUUGGGGUUGCAGAGCCUUCUGUGGGUGCUUCGGUGUUACUUGACAUCAGAGAAUCCUCAUAGGGGAGAAACUCCUCAGGUGAUUUUUGUAGACUCGGUUACAAAACUGAGGUAAGUCAUGUAGCAUUUUACAGAAAGAGGGACAGAAGAAGAAUGCUGAGGGUUGGAGCUGAUUGCAAGAGGAUAGGGCAUUCGCCUUGCACACAGCCGACCCGGAUUUGAUUCCUGGCAUCCCAUAUGGUCCCCUGAGCCUGCCAGGAGUGAUUUCUGAACACAGAGCCAGGAAUAACCCCUAAGCGCUUCCAGGUGUGACCCAAACAAACAAACAAACAAACACGAAGGUGACCCCUGGUUUCCUAGGUAAAGAAAGCUUCCCAAACACCUAUGGUGGGUGUUUCUCAAUUCUGCUCCCUAUGACCACAAACUUUGUACUGUUACUGAUAAGUGUGUUUAAUGUCAAAAAUAUAUACAGCCUGUUUUGUAAAGAAUAAUGAAAAUGAAUUUGUGAUAGAAUAAUAUAUACUAAACUGGUGGACUAUCU